AUGGAUCCCUCAGUGCGUUUGAGCGCGAACAAUUUUGUGGUUACUGCUGAUGGGAGAGGAAUUGUCGCCUGUGGAUACUGCGAUUACUCGUUUCGCAUAUUCGCCGUCAGCUCUGGUCAGUGCAUGCAGAGUGUGGUUGGAGGUCAUCAGGAUGUGGUGACGUGUCUGGGACACUCAGAGUCCAACGCAACUGGUCACUGCUACCUGGCCUCAGGAGGACGAGAUGGUCUUGUCUGUUUGUGGAUCCUGAAUACCAAAACUCUCGCCCUCUUCUCCGAAUCGUCAGAACUCGGUCUUGUCUUCAGUGGAUCUGAGGGCGGGGUAUGCCUUCUCCACACCACUCAAGGCGAGUUGCUACGUCGCUUUGAGGUGCCACAGACGACUGCAGACCGUCUACGACCAUGCAGUGUCUUCAAUGGGGUCUCAGCUGCUGUCUUUUCAGCUGGAUUCGGAGGUUCACCAAUGCGUGUACUCGCUUCUCGUCACGGCUACGUAAUCUUCCAACUUGGAGCAGCGAAAAUUGCUGUCUUCACACUCAAUGCACGUCUUGUUGCUGUCACUGAUCUCUAUCGACAGGUGAGAUUCACUUUUCAUUAUGUUAAAGUAACAUUUAAAAUCAGAUUGGCGAAAGUGAAGUUUUCAUUCGGAGGUUCGUGUUGA